AAUUUAUUAAUUUUUUGAUGGUGAAUUUCGUGCUGUCACGUUGGCAGCACAAUAUCUAACGGUUUUGUUUUGUUUUGCCCAACUUGAAUUUAAAUGCCCGUUUUCUUGUUGGUGUUCUUGUAAAAAACAGUGAUUAAAACUUGAAGGUGAUAAAAUAAUCGCAAUUUUGAACAAUGGGUGGCCAAGAGAGCAAAAUCGAGCAGCCUCCAACUCAAGACGAAGAGCGGCAAGAGGAGCCCCAAAACGUGAGCACACCAUCUACCCCCAUUUUAACCCCUUUGGAUCCACGAUCACCUAGUGCUAACAUUGCUCGGACACCUCUCGAGCUAAUUCUGAACAGUAAAACCAUUGAAAACACACCUAAGGUCAUUGAAAGUGAACCUGAAGACGCUGUGAAUGUGGUUUUGGGUAUUGACCCGCGUUCCCCGACUGUGGAGUUCAACAGGACCCCUAUAAUUGUGGGGGCUGUCACUAAGGAGAAGCAACCAAAAGUUUUGAAAAAUAAAAAUUUGGAUAACGUCCGCAAGUCCGAAAUUCAGACAACUCCCGUGGCUGUUGAACGCAAAUCAGUUGUGCCACCUAAGCUUCUGAGCACUAGUCCAGUUUCAUUAGUUACCAACUACAAGAGAAAGUCUUUUGUUGGGCUUCUUGAAACUAAUGUUGAUUUUACAGAGACUGACUUGGACACUGUCCAAGCUAACUUAAAUGCAAGCUUGCCUGUUGAGAUACCUGAAGACUUGCCGUCUAACAAGCUCAAAAGCCAAAUGGAGAGUUUGCAGUUAGACUGUACAAAAUUAAACGAGGAAGCAUCAGAGCCAAAACUUGCAGAUGAGAAAGAAAUUAAUGUCACAGCUCAAGUGAAGGAUUUCGAUAAAAAACUCACAAGUUUGAUUUAUGAAGAUGAGAGUGAAGAUGACAAUAAACUCACUCUGAGACUGGCGAAGCUUAGGGAAAACAACCGCACGCCUCUGAGCGACCGAAAUUCCAAUGAAAACAAUAAAAAGGUGGUAAAUAGAUUAAGAGUUAGUGAUAAGCCAAGGAAGUCUGAGAGUAGAAUUCCAGUUUUGAAAGACAAUCAGCGACGAGUUAGCGUCCAGUGUGAGAACACUCCUCCAAUGAACAUGCGUUCUAAAAUACCGCACUGGGAUGCAGACAAGACCCUGAUUAUUUAAUUACAAUUUUCGUGUUCCCCAUUUUUUACUUUAAUAGAAUUGUGCUUUUUGUAAGCUAAGUCGUGUGUAUAUUUCUGUCUCGAUUAAAGCCAGUGUUACAUGAAA